GGUGUGUAUAAUGUACAUUCAAGACCUCAGAGAAGUUUGUAUGAUCAGGAUCUGGGAGGCAUGGAGGAACCAAAAACCAUAGGUUUCCUUAUCUGGGCCCUAAUAACAACGCUGACCGUGUUAGUCUUUAUUUUGCGACUGCUCGCCCGCAUGAAUCACAGAUGUUGUGCUCACAACAUUGCAGAAGUAGCUGACCAACUAGAUGCUUGGAGCCAUACUACUGUGCAACCAGGAACUGAGACCCACACUACUGUGCAACCAGGAAGUGAGACCCAUGCUACUGUGCAACCUGGAACUGAGACCCACGCCACUGUGCAAGCUGGAACCGAGACCCAAGCUACUGUGCAACCAGGAUCUGAGACCCACGUUACUGUGCAACCUGGAACUGAGACUCGCGCUACUGUGCAACCAGGAACUGAGACCCACACUACUGUGCAACCAGGAAGUGAGACCCACGCUACUGUGCAACCUGGAACUGAGACCAACGCCACUGUGCAAGCUGGAACCAAGACCCAUGCUACUGUGCAACCAGGAUCUGAGACCCACGUUACUGUGCAACCUGGAACUGAGACUCGCGCUACUGUGCAACCAGGAACUGAGACCCACUCUACUUUGCAACCAGAGACCCCGAAACUAAUUCCGUUUUUGAUGAAUCAACACACUCCACCAUCUCAAGCUACUACUCCGUCCAUAACACCAUCAACCACUUCCUCCACCGCACCAUUGUUGCCACCUGAAUCCAUUUCAGACCGUACUAGGUCAAAGUCAAAGAAAAAACUUGCAUUGUAAAAAUAGUUACAUCAGGGUACUUAUUUUUGGAUACUUUUCUUGUUUACCAAUGAUUAGUCAAACUUGGAGCAUUUUUCUUUUUUGGAUUGGCAUUAUGGUACCUUUGUACUUGUUUGUCACUGGAGAGUAAGACUUGAAGCAUUUUUUUUUUUUUGCAUCAUGGUACUUUUGUGUUUUUUUUUGUUUGUCAAUGGUGAGUAAAACUUUUUUCUUUUUUUUGUUGAAGCAUUUUUUUUGUUUUGCUUCAAGGUACUUUUGUACGUUUCUUGUUUGUCAGUGGUUUGACAAAUUUUUUUUGUUUUUUUUCCUUAAGGGGUAUUUCCAUGUAUGGAUUU